AUGGUUUCUGUUUCCGGAAUUAGGUCUAUCAAGAAGGAUGACUACAUCAAGAGCUGGGAAGAUAAUCAGCCAGUAGAUGAGGGUCUGGACACCACAAAAGAUCCUUGCCAGAAGAUCAAAUGCAGCCGGCAUAAGGUGUGCAUUGCCCAGGGUUACCAGAGGGCCAUGUGCAUCAGUCGCAAAAAACUGGAGCACAGAAUCAAACAGCCUGCCGUGAAGCUCCAUGGAAACAAGGAGAACUUGUGCAAACCCUGUCACAUGACCCAGCUUGCCUCCGUCUGUGGCUCUGACGGCCAUACUUACAGCUCUGUGUGUAAACUGGAACAGCAGGCCUGUCUGACCAGCAAGCAGUUGACAGUGAAGUGUGAGGGUCAGUGCCCAUGCACAAGUGAACAUGGUCCAACUUCAGCCACUGAUCUCAAGCAAGAAACCUGCACUGGACAAGACUUGGCAGACCUGGGCGAUCGGCUGCGGGACUGGUUCCAACUGCUGCAUGAGAACGCCAAACAGAACAGCUCUGGAAAUGUGGGCCCCAAUCCUGUGAAUGCACUGGACAAAAACCUGGUGGCCAGUUGCAAGGACUCCAUUGGUUGGAUGUUUUCCAAGUUGGACACCAACAGUGACCUUUUCCUGGACCAGGCAGAGUUGGCAGCUAUCAACCUGGACAAGUAUGAGAUUUGCAUCCGGCCUUUCUUCAAUUCCUGCGACACCUACAAGGAUGGCCGUGUCUCCACUGCAGAGUGGUGUCUCUGCUUCUGGAGAGAGAAGCCUCCAUGUCUUACGGAGCUGGAGAGGAUUCAGAUCCAGGAAGCUUCAAAAAAGAAACCUGGAGUCUUCAUCCCGAGCUGUGAUGAGGAUGGAUACUACCGGAAGAUGCAGUGUGACUCCAGCAGUGGAGAAUGCUGGUGCGUUGAUCAUCUCGGCACGGAGCUGACAGGAACACGGAUGCAUGGGAAUCCAGACUGUGAUGACAUUGUUGGAUUCUCAGGGGACUUUGGGAGUGGUGUCGGAUGGGAAGAUGAGGAAGAGAAGGAGACAGAGGAAGCCGGCGAGGAAGCUGAAGAAGAAGAAGGAGAAGCAGAUGAUGGAGGCUAUAUUUGGUAGAUGUCACCAAGGGGCACUGUUUGGCCAGGAUGCAGGCUGUAGGCUGGGAGGUAGCAGUCAAAACUGAAUGGAGAGGAACAACUGAACAAGAUGAUCAGGAAACACAGUUGAAUGUAACUAACUAUGGCAGAAUGUGCGAGUGCGUGUAUGUGUGAAUGUAGGUACACUUGCCUGGGUGGGUCCAUU